CGUGUUUUUUUGAAGUGUUCCGACCAUGACCAAUGCGUCUUUUAAAAGCGUUUCAACCGUGAUCGUCCCCUAUUCCAAAUGUGACCAUCUUGUCUUUUGUUUAUGCCCAAAUCUUUUUAUGUCCCGCCCUACUCUCUGCGUGUCCUUCUCUCCUUUUAAGACAUAUUGGAUAAGAUAGCCUGAAAUACCUGCCUGAAGAAUGAAAGGUCGUAAAAUCACGGGAGGACAGCCUUUGAACAGAGGAGAUACUGGAAGAAAAGAUUUAGAAAAAGGGAGAGAUGACGAGAAAAAUGUUAUAAAUGUAGGCCCCCAACAAAAUAUACAAGAAUAUGGUAAAACUCGAUGGCCUAGGGACAACCCAGUAUCUCAGAAAUAUCGAGAGGCUUAUGAUUUCGUACAACAGACCUUCAGCUGUACCUACAUACGAGUUAUACGUGGAGAUAACUAUUGUGGAAUCCGUUCCUGUAUAGUUCAACUGCUAAUAAAUGGAAUUGCAAUAAAACAGGAAUUUGCUACAGCAGAAAUUGUAAAGAAUCUUUUAAACCAAUAUUUGGAGGAACCAGAAUGGGAACUAAAGAGGUGGUCAUUUGCCAGGCGUUUAAACUACACUGAUGUGAAAGAAAUGCUAUUUUCUUGCAUUGAUGAAUUUUACUCACAGCAUAACUUAGCUUUAGAGAUGGACAAGACAGAGAGAGAAGACUGGGUGGAGGACCUCUUAAACAGAGAACCAAUUGUUGAUAUAAAAAUAAUGGAAGCUGCCAAAUUGCUUAUGUUGCUUGAUAUAAUUGACGUUUAUAAAAACCAACAAGCUGUUGAUUAUCCCUUCUUUGUCCAGUUUAUAUUUGCUCGUGAUACAUCUCAUACCCCUGCGGACUUGUUAAGAAACAUUUUGAAUGCAGUCGGAGACAAUGAUGGUUUAGAACAGAUUGAUAUGUGCCUCUUAGGACAUGCACUCGGUGUACAAAUCACGGUGCCUCGUCUAUAUCGAUAUGGUAGAGAGGAUUUUAUACUGAAAUUUCCUGAUUUGCCGGACAAGAACUGGGACAAGGUGUACCUUAUUACCGAAGACGAUAGACAUUACAACAUUAUCUUAAAAGACAACUGAGAAGGGGACAGUUCUAUGAUUACAUUUCUAAUUCUCUGUCUUUAUCUCUCUUCUCUGCUGAUGAUGAUGAUCUGAGAAGAGAAGCUAGCAUCUUGUUCAUCAGCUGGGAAUCUACUGCCCACCUUUACCUGUGGAGGGAAGAACAGCUAUUCACAUCAGUCACCUGUACAAGCUGCUCUACCAUACGCUGCUAGCUGACCAGUGGAUUAUAAAACAUUACUUUACCGGUCGAUUUUUGGAUGAAGAUAACAAGACCAAGCUACACACAGACACUACACCAUAUGACCACCACCCAGAAAUGGAACCCACCUUAAACAAUAUGGCUGUGAAACUUUAGCUUUUAUUUAUUUAUUCAUUUUUUUCUUUGCAGAAUUUUAUUUAUUUAUUCUUUUUUUGAUUGCAACCACAACUGCAAAGACGGAGGGAUUUGUUUCAAAUUACAUGCAAUUGCAAAGGAAAGGAGGCCCCCAAAUGAAGACCCUAUUAAUACCUGUUCCCCCAUGUCUAUAUCUGUUAAAACUGUAGUGAACACUGUUGACAUAAAUGGUUCAAAACCAUUCUGGAAUCAUUGAAUAAAACAUUUUAGUUUCUGUUGCUGAGGUUUUUGGGAAGAAAGCCAACCUAAAAGUCAUUCGCAUCUUUGGACACUCAUGUUGCCAGAGAUUAUCAAAAUUUUUUUCCUAUUUUCAAGAACCAUUUAAAUUAUGUGGCUACAAGCUUAUCACUAUUCAGUUUGGAUUACUGGAGGGGAAAUCUAUUUUAAGGACAAGAUGCGUAAAACUUAACAAAACAGGAUCGUUUCUUCUGAUCCAAGAAACACCUUCAAGAUGUCAAAUUUUGCUCGAUAUAUAAUUCUUUAGAUGUCACUGUUAACCUUAUUUAUAUUUUUGUAUAUUUUUCGUAAAUAGUUGACAUCAAUUUAGUCGGGAUCAAGCAGAACCUUUAAUGGCAGGGUCCUGUUUCAUUGACAAAUGAAGGGGAUUGCACCUUAGCAAAUUUUUCUUAAAUAUAACGACUUUUGGUUAGAUUCUACAGCAGUGACUUUACAAUUAGUUUUGUAGUAAAUCAGAUCUUUUAUUCUGCUUAAUUAUUGCUUUUGACAGAAUUUGGUCACAUUUGCAUUUAAUUUAAAUUGAGACAAUCUAGAAGAAAAAAUAAGGAAAUAGAGCCUCUAAGUUUUAGCUAAUCUGGAUUGCAACCUCUUCUUAUCCCUUCAAAAAACGUGGAAUUCUAACCUCCAGACACUUGGCAAUGCUGUUUUACAUUUAAAUGCAGCAUAUGUGUUUGUGUCUGUGUGUGUGAUGCUACGCAACAGCUCAUGUGCUGAAUGUAAAUAAAUAUCUCCUUAUUUCAUCCCUUUUUUUUUUAUAUAUAUAUUAACUGUCUCAACCACUGUGCCUCUCCUUGUUGAAAUACAUUUGGGACAAAGAUGUGUUGAACUUGUUGGUUACUGUAGUGUAAGAACUAUGGUCUGUCUAGAACAUUCCUAUAUGAACAUGACAUCUACUAUUCUGUGUGCAAGAAUCAAAAGCACACCAGUUUAGUUUAUUUAUCUGAAAAGGGUUGUUGCUUCAUUUAUUCAAAUAUAAAGUACAUUUUUUAAAAACCA